AUGGCACUACAGGCAUUGAAAUCGCGUCGACGAAGCGACUACAGCUUCCAGCUCGAGUAUAGGACGAGAUGGAGCGACAAUGACAUGUACCAUCACAUGAACAACAGCGUCUACUACUAUCUGUUCGACUCUGUUGUCAACACGUACCUCAUCCAACACUGCUCACUGCACCCACCUACCUCGCCACAGAUCGGCCUCGUCGUACACUCGCAUUGUGAUUACCUCGCCCCAGUCGGCUUUCCCGCCGUCGUAGACCUCGCACUACGAGUCAACAAGCUUGGCAAGAGUUCUGUAACAUACGAAAUCGCCGUCUUUGAAAAAGGCCAGGACGAGGUCAAGGCCGUUGGCGAGUUUAUCCACGUCUUCGUCGACCGUGAAAGCCGCCGGCCUGGAAAAGAUGGCAUGAGUCAGCAGCUGAAGUCUGGCCUGGAAAAACUGUUGACGGACAAGUCGAAGCUGUGA